UGAUUACCAUGAUGAGAUCAAUGUGCAGAGUAGACCCAUGUUCGUAGGAGACUAGUAACGGGCAAGUGAAGUGCAUUGGAUGUCGUCCUGUUCUUCCUUUAGUUACAGUUUACCUUAGACACAGAGCUCCUAACAGUUGCUAGCUAGUCUUACUAUUGCUAAGUUUACUGUUAGCUAGCUGGCUAGCUCACAGUCUGGGUGUCAGCUAGCCAGCCAACUGUUAUAGUACGCUGUUUUUCUGCCGAUCGAGGUUAGCUAGCCUGUGAAUUUAAUAGCUGAUUGUUGCUGAGCCUACAGUUUAAAUUAGCUAAAUACGCAAAAUCUUUUUAGCUAAAGCUAGCUAAAAGUAAGCUGUUGCCGUUAUUUACAUUCAACGUUAGCAUUUAUCCCAAAUUGGUGACAUCCGUAGCUAAUUAGGCAACGCAAGAAAUAGGAUUAAAUAAAAUAGCCUUAAGCCGGCUAAGAAAUGUCUGCCGUCACACCAGAACAAGAAAACGGUGAAAAGGGAAUACUCUUGUUGUCGUCGACAGCAGAUUCGUAUCGAGACACUGUCAGCCAGGUAGGGUUACCUGGACAACCAGCACCGCACGAGCAACCACAGACUGUCUUCGUUAUUUUGGAUUCGCCUGCAGACUCCGUCAAUUUAUUAAGUUUGGAGUCUCUGUUGCCCGAGUCGGGUAUCGUUGCGGAUAUCGACAUUGAGAACAUCCUCUCCUCCGAUUCCGGCACGUUCUACCAGCUCAAGAGCCAGCCCAUCACUCUAAGCCCCACGCCGACGUCGGCUGACCCCUCCCCCUCCCCCUCGGGCAGCGCAGUCAUGGCGUCGCGUGUGCUGCAGCGGCAGCAGCUGAUGCGGGAGCAGGCGCGCGAGCAGGAGAGGAGGGAGGCGCAGCGGCAGGCCUCCUCCGCGCAGCUCCGCGCCGCCGACUCCUCCCCCGCCAUCUCCGUGUCCGCGCCCCCCAGCGCCGCCCGCCCGCCCCCGGCCCAGGUCCCCGUGGAGGUGCUCAAGGUGCAGACUCACCUGGAGAACCCCACAAAGUACCACAUCCAGCAGGCUCAGAGGCAGCAGGUGAAGCGCUACCUCUCCACCACCCUCGGGAACAAGGUGGCCAAUCAGACGAUGGGGACGUCCCCCUCGCCUCAGUCUGGCUCCACCCCCGAGCUCACCCCUGCAGCCAGCAGCACUCCCAGCAGCCCCAUGGCUCUGCUCAACCUGGGAAACAAAGAGGAGAUUGAUGACGUGAUCGAUGACAUCAUCAGCCUGGAGUCCAGUUUCAAUGAUGACAUCAUGACUUUGAUUGACCACGGCCUGCAGCUCCCCAGCACGCUGCCGGUGUCGGGGAACCUCCUGGACGUGUACAGCGGCCCCGGGAUGGCGGCUCCCACCAUCACCGUCAGUAACUCCUGCCCCGCGGACCUGCCCAACGUCAAGAGGGAGAUGACGGUCCCCCAGACACCAUCGGCCAACUCGCCGUUUCCAAAAUAUGCAGAAGCGAAAGCCCUCAUGAAAGAACGUCAGAAAAAGGACAACCACAACCUGAUCGAGAGGAGGAGGAGGUUUAACAUCAACGACCGCAUCAAGGAGCUGGGAGCGCUCAUCCCCAAGUCAAGCGACCCGGAGAUGCGCUGGAAUAAGGGCACCAUCCUGAAGGCGUCGGUGGACUACAUCCGCAAGCUGCAGAAGGAGCAGCAGCGCACCAAAGAGAUGGAGACGCGGCAGAAGAAGCUGGAGCACGCUAACCGCAGCCUGCUACUGCGCAUACAGGAGCUGGAGAUGCAGGCUCGAAUCCAUGGCCUGUCGGCCUCCUCGGCGCUGUCCCCUGAGCUGGACAUGCUCCAGCAGCAGCAGCAGCAGCAGCACCCCGCCUCCGGCGACGCCCUCUCCCAGUCCCUCCUCAGCCUGGGCGGGGCCUCCGCCACGCAGGCCGCCUCCUCCUUCCUGUCUCCGCCCCCCUCCGCCUCCCCGGGGGGCGUGGCCCUGGGCAGCCCGCUGGACCUGGGGUCGCUGAGCUUCGCCGAGCUGGACGACCCCGCCUCCUCCGCCUUCAACGCCUCCCUGAUGUCGGACAUGGGCCUGGACGACAUCCUCAUGGACGACGACGGCGGCAGCGCCCUGUCGCCCGUAGGGGGCGCCGACCCCCUCCUCUCGUCCGUCUCCCCCGGCGCCUCCAAGACCAGCAGCCGGAGGAGCAGCUUCAGCAUGGAGGAGGACUCGUGACCGGGUUCGGCAGCGUAGCGGGAACGUGUGCGCGGAGAGUCGCGGCGUUGGGCGAGGGGGGGGCUGGACACGGGCGUUCGCCGGGGAGGGGGGGGGGGGGGGGGACAACACUCACUCACUCUCUCUCUCUCUGUCUCUCUCUCUCUAAAGAGCCACAGCAGCCUUCUGCAUUCUCACUUCCUGUUAGGUGUGUGCCAGUCCUGUGUAACCAUGGAAACGACUGAAGUGAGAAGCGGUCUCCCCCCCCACCCCCUUUUUCUUGUUCAGUUGCCCAUCCCUCUUUUGGACCAGGUUUUUUUUUUUCCCCCCCCCAGCGCUGAAUCCAGUUUGGCGGGGGUGUCCCGUCUGUAAAGUGCGAGAUCCCACAUCUCCCUAACAGCAAGCAGAUCCCCCCCCCCCAACCCCCCAAUCCCAAUGAUGGGUAAUGCA